UUUUUUUUUUUUAUAGGUGGAUGUGUUUCGGAGAUUUGAAGAUCCACUUUAUUCUUUUAAAUAGAAUUCUAUAUCUUUUACAUAAAAUAUGGAAGAAUAUCGAUUGCCGAGUAAAAAUGUAUUGACCGUUAUUAGCCCGAAAUCUAACAGCUAACGAAAAUAGCAAAGUAAAGAAAAGGUAGUAUCAAUCAUUGUCUAGGAAAGUAGUCCCUCUGUCACCUGAACAGAAUUGAAGUCGUUUGUGCCAAUUUGAAAAGUUAUUCCGUUUGAAAAACUGUCAACAUACUUCACGCGGCUAGUGUAUAUCAGUUGCGGAGUGAAAUUGUUGGUUAGGGUAUGAAGAUAUGAAGAAGCUUUUGUUUCUCCACAGAAUUCAUGUUCAUCCAUCGAUCUAUACGUGCCGACAAGCAAGAUACUGCACAUAGAAAGUGGACAAUAUAAGAUAGUGGAUGUCGAUAAAGUUGCAGGAGUGAUACCUAAAACCUCAGAAAUACGCAUUCCUUUUGGAAUAAAUCAAGUAACUCUUUGUUAGAAAAUCAAGAACAGCAGCAGGUAGAUUUGACGCAACAUAUAUUGGUAUAUCAAAACCUCAAAGUUCUCGAAAUGGAUCUUGGUAGUAUAAGAAUGAGCAAAGAAGAUAUACAGAAGCUGAGGAAUUAUGAAUUAUUUUUUAUUGUACACAAAAAUAUGUCGGAGGAACAAAUUAUUGAACAAAUUCGAAACUGUCUACAGAAUGGUGCAGAAAUGAAUGUUCUAAAUGAAGAGGGCAAAACAGUUUUAGAUGUCGCACGUAGUAAAAAUUAUGAGAAUUUAGUUAUAUUUCUUUCUGGACUAGGUGGUAAGACAGCAUUUGAUUUAAUUAAUUCGCAGCAGCAAAUACAGCAGUCGACUGAUACGGAUUCUGCUGAUGAUCAGGAAGUAGGGUUACAAUUACACUUCGCUGCGACAUGUGGAAAUGUAAAAGAAAUAGCAUCUGUAAUUAAACUCCGAUUACCAUUAGAAGAAAUUACUCUUACGGAAGCUCAACUCAAAUUGUUGAAACAAGUUAAUGAUAAUGGUGAUACGCUAUUAGCAGUAGCUGCUAAAAAUGGAAGAAAAGAUAACGUAGAUUUUUUUAUUCAAUGUGGAAUUGACAUAAAUCAUCUGAAUAAAUUAAAAGAGAGCGCUGUAGACUUAGCUUGGGAUAAUAAGCAUUAUGAUAUUGUACUUGCAUUAUUAGAAGCUGACUCGAAUUUGCCUAAUCGCUUUGAUCUAACUGUGCUAAAUGAAGGAAAUGCUCAGAAGGAACUUAAAGAGUUUGUUGUUGAAAGAUGGAAUUCUUUCCAUAAACAAAUUAAAGAAAACUGCUUAGAAGAUAUUAAAGAUAUUACGAAUGCUGUUCAAGGACGAAAUCUUUAUUUAAAUAGUGAAGGUCAAUCGGCAAUGUUUACAGCUCUUGUAAACAAAAGAUUCAAGAUUUUUGCGUUUCUUAAAUCCGCUGGAUUCAUGUUUAAAAAUGAAGAUGAAGAAGAAUGCAUAAAUAAGCUCACACAAGUAGAAAAAGAUAUGCUAAGAAUAGUAAUGAUUUCGAAAUUUCCUCAAAUUGAUGAUGAACAUAUUCUUUAUUUAACAUCAAAAUCAAGAUCAAGGUCAGAGAAACCUGACGACAAGGAACGAAUCGAAAAACUUUAUAGGUCUUUGGAUGCUAUUCCUGAAGUUUCAACAAUUCUUAAAGUGGUACAAUAUAUAGAUUAUCUUGACAUAGUUUUUGACUUUGAUAAUGAAAACAACAACGAUAUUAAUCCUACUGCUUCGAAAGGAACUACUGAUUAUAGUAACGGUAAAAUUUACAUAACAGCUAAGAUAGAAGAAAAUGAGGUAUUAGGCACUUUAGCUCAUGAGUUAACGCAUCUUGCAAUACAGCCACAUAUCCUUGCACAAUAUCAUGAUGAAGGAAGAAGAUGGUUGCUUAAUACAGAUGAAGAAAUCAAGUUGCUUUUUGAUUACUACAGCGAUCAAGCAGAAGGAGGAACAACAUAUCGAUGUAAGAAAUUCAUUGAAAACAGCUUUUUCAUUAAGUCAAGGAGUAGUAUCCAAGUUCUUAAUGAAUAUUUAGGAGAAAUAAACAAUGUAAUAAAAUAUGGGAUACAUUUGGAACAUCCUAUUAAUCUUAAUAACUUCCUAAAGUCAAACAAACAAGUUCUUCUUCUAAGAACGGACAGCACGUUGUUAAGCAUUUUAAGUGUUUAUGAAAGCUUAGAAAUUGAAAAUAGAAAUUAUUCUAUACGAGAUAGUCUUUUCUCAAACUCCAAUUUUUAUAGAGAGGUGCGAUACAAAAUCUACAACCUACUCUGUUCUGCAGCAGCUAAAAUUCUAUGCAUAAGAUAUUCCUUCGAUUCAGAUACGGAAAGUUUAUCAAAGGUUUUAGAAAUUUUAAAUACGCUUUUAACACAAAAAUCAGAUAAAAAGAUCGUUUUCAUAAUAGCAGAUUGUAAAGUGAUGGAAUUCAAUAAAAUCAGAAGAGUGUUGUACAAAAGAUGUUACAAAAAAACGAUAGCCCACAAGUUCACAUUGAAUGACCUAACUGAAGAAUCACAGCAAAAGCUCUUGCAACGAGAAGUGAUAUUGCAAGGAGAAAAGAUUAGUUUGAGCAAAUUAAUAGAUAAAUCGGAUAGAAAUACGAAACGAAUAAUUGAUGCAGAAACGUUACAAAGACUCAUUACUAAUGAAGUAAUCAAGAUAGGUAGUAUACCAUUAAGCAUGAUUGACUUAGAAGGAGCAUAUUCCGAAUCAGUUGAGGAAGUAAAUAUGGACACUUUCGUUGACAAAUUAUUAUCAGAAGAAUCAAGUGAUAUUUACAUUGUUAGUGGGAUACCUGGCUUAGUCACGGAGAAUAAGUUAAUCGAAUACCUAGUGAAUGCAGAUAUAGGUAUUAGCAAAAAAUCAAAACUUAAUGAUCUCAAAAGUCGAGUAGCGGUAUUGAACAAAGAUCCUACCAGAGCUGUUAACAAUAGAAUACAAUUAGCCGAUGAUCAAUUUAAGAAAGGAGACUUUAGGCAAAUAUGUCAAUACAAUCGGGAAAGAAAAAUUUAUUGGAUUAAACUAAAACAUGAGGGCAACGUAUCUAAAUUCAUGCUACAACAAAUCUAUAAUCCUGAUUUUUACUUAAAAAGUGACAGAUUUAAUAAUGAAGUUGUUAUUGAGAGGAAUAUAAAAGAAAUGUUGGUCAAUUCUACAUUUUCCGAGAUAGUUUUUAUCAGUUGCAAAAGCAAGCAGGAGUUCAGAAAAUGGCUUAAAUUUAGUGAUAUUGGAGAACAAAUGGAUUUUCAAGCUAAUUGCAAUAAUCAUAAGAUUAAGUUCCUAAAUUACCAAGAUGAUAUGUCAGCGACUUUCCUAAAACUAGUUACGCGAUAUGACGAUCGAACGUUUCACUUGCUCAAGUUUGAACGAGAUCAGCUUAUUUGGUAUAAAACUCAUGGUUCAUUGGUGAAUUUAAGUAAUUAUAGAGCUACAGAUUAUAGGAAUGCUAAACCUUUAAUAGGAGAAGAUGACUUAAUUAAAGAAAUUAAAGAUGAUAAAGUGGUGAUCAUCGCUGGUGAUCCAGGAAUAGGCAAAACUUCUGCUUUGGUUAAGUUAUAUGAGUCACAGUAUGCGUCCGAGUAUGGUAUAAAAGAGUCGAUAAUUAACUCGCAUUGGUUGAUUACAGUGAAUCUAAAAGAUCACCUAGAUGCACUAAGAGACAUUGAUUUUACUGUUCCAACGGAAAUAGUAAAAGAAAUAACAAUUUUUUUGUCACAAGUUGAUAAAGGUAUAAGCGAUGAUUUUACAUUAAAAUUGCUAUAUACUGCGCUAGUAAAGUCGAAUUUUAGGAAGCCUUUAUUAAUAGUACUCGAUGGAUAUGACGAAGUUUUAGAGAAAGAGGAUAAAGAUGUACUUACCUUAUUAGUGGAAUAUAUAAAAGAUCAAACUAAUGCUAAAUUAUGGAUUACUACUCGUUUCCUUUAUCAGCAGACUUUAGAGAAUGCGGUAUCAACAUUUGCUACAAAGCUUGAACCGUUCGACGAUGUAACAACAUUCAAACUCAUUGAAAAGUACUUAAAGAAUCAUCUAAGCCUCAUUUUAAGUCACGAGGAGUUUCAAAGCAUCUUCGGCAACAGCGUUGAAAUAAUAGAAAAUACGAGGUUGCAAGAUUACACCGAAGCAUUGUUGAGUAAAAUGGACGAAUUAUUUGUAACUAAGCAAAUUGGAAGACCGUUACAGCUCUAUUUAGUGUUGGAAGGUUCCGCAAGAUAUUUGAAAAAGUUGCCAUAUUAUGUUAACGAUGAAAGCCCGGACUUUAGUUAUCUGGGCAAUGACAUGCGGGAAGUAUUUGAGAAUUUUGUUGAUAGGAAAUAUAGUUUUCAUUUUGAAAAAGUUCAAGUUCACGAGCGAAUGACACAGGUGUUGGAUAAAGAAAUUUUCGGUUACUAUCAUAAAAUACUAUCACAAUCUCUAAUUGCUUCAUUAGGAGCAAAUAAAGAUAUCGAAGAAUUCAAACACAUACUGCUAUCGGCUGGGAUUAUUAAAUCUGACGGCAGCAAUAUUCAGUUUAUACAUUCAACGGUUGGUGACUUCUUCGCUGCUGAAGUGUUCUUCACUUGGAUAUUAAAAUGGAAAGCAGAGGAUCUCAAUAAACCAAUAAACUUAAACACUCAGGAAUAUAUGUUAAAUGAGAUUUUAUCGAAGGCAGAUUAUCAAGUGAUUCGGACAUUUUUAAACAGUAAACUCCUGAAGGAGAACGUGACAAAUAUACAGCUGCAAGAAAAAUAUUAUGAUAAAGAAAUUUUACUUCUAGCAGCUAAGGAAGGUAAUAUAGGAAUCACAAGUUUUGUGUUGGACAAUUCAUAUCAUUUGAAUAACAUUUAUGCUGCUACAUGCGAUCAAGGCAGGACACUUCUGCACGUGGCAGCUGAUUCUAAUCAGUUUGACAUGGUGAAAUUUCUGGUGAAUAGAGGACUGACCGAUUUUAAUGCUAAAGACAACAACGGUAGCACAGCUUUGCAUAUGGCUGCUAGACAUGGUUACGUGGACAUAGUUAAAUAUCUGGCGAAUGAAAAUCUGGUCGAUAUUAAUGCUCAGGACAAGAAUGGCACAACAGUGUUGCACUUGGCUGCUUGGUUUGGUCACUCGGAGAUAAUGAGAUUUCUGAUAAACGAGAAACAGGCCGAUUAUAAUAUUAAAGACUGCGAUGGCAGAGCAAUGUUGCAAAUGGUUGCUAUUUACGGCGACAUAGACAUGAUGAAAUUUUUGAUAGACGAACACCAGGCUGAUUUUACUGCCAAAGAUUAUGACGGCGAUACAGUUUUGCACAUGGCUGCCAGUUGUGGUCAUCUCGACCUGGUUAAGUAUCUGGUGAAUGAAAAGAAGAUUGAUGUGAAUGCUGUGGAAGAGGAGGGCACGACAAUUUUGCACAUGGCCGCCUGUUUCGGUCACAUGAACGUAGUUGAAUUCCUGAUAAAUGAAAAGAACGCUGAUGUGAAUGCUAUAGACGAGGAUGGUGAUACAGUGUUGCACUUGACUGUCAGCUGCGGUCACUUCGACGUUAUUAAAUAUCUGAUAAAUGAGAAAAAUGCCGAUUUUAAUGCUCCAAACGCUGAUGGCACAACGAUUUUACACUCGGCAGCUUGCUUCGGUUACUUGGACAUGAUUAAGUUUCUGAUAAACGAGAAAAGCGUCGAUAUAAACGCCACCAACAAUGCUGGCAAAACAGUUUUCCUUUUCGCUGCCAGCUAUGGACACUUGGCGAUAGUUAAAUACCUGAUAAAUGUGAAACAGGUCGAUAUCAAUGUUAAAGACGAUAAGGGUAACACAGCGUUGCACUUGGCUACCAGCUGUGAUCACUUGGAUGUGGUUAAAUUUCUGAUCGAUGAAAAGAAUGCUGAUUUUAAUGCUAGGAACAAUGAUGACAGAACGGUUCUGCACACAGCUACCGCCUUUGGACACUUGGAGAUUGUUAAAUAUCUGAUAAACGAGAAACAGGCCGAUUAUAAUGCUACCUCUAUGCGUGACAAUACAGUUUUGCAUUUGGCUGCUUACUACGGUCACUUGGACAUAGUGAAAUAUCUGGUGAAUGAAAAACAGACCAACGUUAACGUCAAGAACAACAGAGGCACAACAGUUUUGCACGUUGCUGCUUGCUUCGGUUACUUGGAGAUAGUUAAAUGGCUGGUGAAGGAGAAGGGGGCCCGCUAUGAUGCUCAAGACAAUCAUGGCACAACAAUUUUGCACUAUGCUGCUCGGACUGGCCAGUUGGACGUGGUCGAAUUUCUGGUGAAUGAGAUGCAUGCUGAUGUUAAUACUGCGGACUACAAAGGUUACACAGUCGCGUACUGGGCUGUCAGCUGUGGUCACUUGGACAUUGUUAAAUUUCUGUUGAACAAUGAGAAGGUCGAUCAAAAAUGUAAAGACGAGAUUUUCAAGGCAGUUUUGUUCUUCGCCGCUACCUAUGAUCACCUGGAGAUAGUUAAACUUCUGUUGAACGAGGAAAGGAUCCCAUUUGAGGUGAACAGCGACACCGGCAAAACAGCUUUGCAUUUGGCUGCCCGGCAUCGUAAAUUGAACAUAGUUAAAUUUCUGAUCAAUGAGAAAGGAGCCGAUUACAAUGCUAAGAACGAGGAUGGUCUAACAGUUUUGCAUACGGCUGCGUGCUUCAAUUGCUGGGAAGUAAUUGAAUAUCUGGUGAAUGAAAAGGGAGCUGAUUUCAAUGUUGUCAACCGUAACGGGGAAACAGUUUUGCAGUUGGCUGCUCAUUAUGGCAGCUUGGAGAUAAUUAAGUUUCUAGUCGAUGAAAAGAAGAUUGAUGUUAACGCUAAAGACAACAAUGGUAGAACACUUUUGUACUUGGCUGCUAGGUCUGGUCAGUUGGACCUGGUGAAAUUUCUGGUAAAUGAGAGGAAUGCCGAUAUCAAUACUAAAGACGUGGAGGGAGAUACAAUUUUGCAUCUGGCUGUCACCUGUGGUCAAUUGGACGUCGUUAAGUUUCUGGUGAAUGACAAAAAGGUUGAUUUUAAUGUUAAAGACCGUGAUGGCUCUACCGUUUUGCACACGGCCGUUUCGUUUGGUUACUUGGAGAUAGUUAAAUUUCUGGUGAACGAGAAAAGGGCCGAUUUUAAUGCUAAAGACGACGAUGGAACCACAGUUCUGCACUUGGCUGCUAGCUGUGGUAACUUGAGCAUGGUUAAAUUUUUAGUAAAUGAAAAGAACGCCGAUAUUGAUGUUUCCGACAAGAAUGGCACGUCGGUUUUGCACACGGCCGCUUGCUUUGGUUACAUGGAGAUCGUUAAAUUUUUGAUAAACGAGAAGAAUGCCGAUUUCAAUGUUGUCAACAGCAAUGGCAGGACGAUUUUGCACUUGGCCGCUUGGUCUGGUCAUUUGGAGAUCAUCAAAUAUCUGGUGAACGAGAAAGGGGCGGAUUUUAAUGUUAAAGACAUCGACGGCAAGACAAUUUUGCACGUGGCUGCUAGUUGUGGCCACUUGAAUAUUGUUAAGUUUCUGGUGAAUGAGAAAAAGGCCGAUCUGAGUUGUACAGACAAUAUUGGCAGAACGGUGUUGCACGUGGCUAUUCUACGUGUGUUUGAAUUCCUGAAGGGUAGCAAAAGUGGUGCCGUGAGGUCGACGCGUAGGCGUUUUUAACCAGUUCAGCAAGUAUUUGUAAGCUGGGCGAUGGCAACAGUUCUAUUACACGCUCUGGUUGAGGAGUGAGCCGCAUGAUGUUGUGAGAAGGCGAACUGCAUCAGGCGAAUAACAUGUUGUAGAUGUGGGAGUUAAGAUGCCUGCGUUAAGAAAAAAUGCCUGCGAGAUGUCUGCGUUAAAUAAGAAAAUCAAUGCUUAAAUAUGUUGUGUUUCAAGUAAUACAUGAUACAUAUAGUGUAUCCUUUCAGAAUUACCAUCAAUUCUAAGAUAUAUUUUUAGAAAUAGGCCAAAGAACUGUUUUG